UGCGUGGUUAAAUUUGGUUGAGGUUUGGUGGUUGUGGGUAAGAUUUUUUUUUCAUUUUUAAUAUUUUUUUUUAAAAAAAGUAAAAUAAAAUAUAUGAAAUAGAAAAUUUAGAAGGGGGUGAGUGGGGUGGUUCGGUGUACCGGUGGUGUGGGUGAGGUGGGGUUGGCAUGGGUGGUGGUAUAGGGUAGGGGUGGGUGAAGAUGGAGUGCAUUCGAGGGUGAUGGUUGGGUUGCGGUCGGGAGGGGGAGGUGAUUGAUGGGGGUGGGGGUGGGGGUGGGGCUUGACUAGGUAUUUUUCUAAAAAUAUUUUCUACUAACUAACCGAACUUGAUAAAAUAAGUAGAAAUUCACUUAUUUUUCUAGAAAAACAUUUUUCGGUUGGAUGGUACAUUUGGCUGUGCAUUUACCACGAGAGGCUAUGUAUGGGGGACCAGUACAAUAUCGUUGGAUGUACAAAAUUGAGAGGUUCUUGUGCAAGCUUAAGCGUUAUGUGCGAAACAAGGCACGAGCAGAAGGUUCUAUUGCAGAAGGCUAUAUUAUUGAUGAAUGUUUGACAUUUUGCUCUAUGUAUCUUACCGGCAUCGAAACUAGAUUUAAUCGUGAAGAUCGAAAUGAUGAUGGAUCUAGCAAGAAAGAUGAACCUGUUCUAGACAUAUUUUCAAAGAGUGCUAGACCAUUUGGAGAUGGAGAUUAUUAUGCCAUACCAAGGAAAGAUCUUGAUAUGGCUCGGUGGUAUGUGUUGAAUAAUUGCGAAGAAGCAGAAUCUUUUCUUCAAGAGCAUAAAGAAGAGUUGGUGAAACAAGAUGUUGGGAAUAUAGAAGAGAAACACAGAGAACAAUUUCCUUUAUGGUUUAAAAGGAAAAUUUUGAAAUUAUAUAAUAAGGACAAGUCAAUGUCUAUCAAGAAAUUCUAUCCUUUGGCAAUGGAAUCUGAUGUGCGUGGAAGAAGACAUACUGGCUGUGUUAUAAAUGGUGUUAGGUAUCUUAUUCAACGACGCGAUGAAUUACGUAAAAGUCAGAAUUGUGGUAUAGUUGUUGCAGGCUAUCAUGAAAAUGAGUUGAUUGAUUUUUAUGGUAUUAUAACUGACAUCAUUGAGUUAGAGUAUGUUGAUGAGAAUCGAGUUUUUCUAUUUAAAUGCAAGUGGUUUGAUCUUCGCAAGAAAACAAGGAUGCAAAAAGAUUAACAUUUUACGAGCAUAUGUGUUAAAAGAUUUUGGUAUGAACAUGAUUCUUUCGUACUAGCUACUCAAGCAAAACAAGUAUUUUACAUUGAUGACCCGAAAUUGGGGGAAAAUUGGUGAAUUGUGCUCAAAUUUCAAGAUAGACACUUAUAUGAUGUCCCGGAGAAGGAAAAUUCAGAGACAGAAAGUGAUGAGUCGCAUAUUACAAAUAAUGAUGUGUAUCAAGACAUGUCACUUGAAAGUAAUUCGAUUGUCAAUGAUACGGUGGAUAUGUUGAGUAAACUACAUAGAGAUGAUGUUGAACCGAUUACCUUGGCUGCAAAUGUAAUUGAAUUGGAUGGUCAAACAGAACCAGAAGUUGAAGUUGAUUAUAUCGAAGAAGAUUCUGACCAAGAGGAUGACACUAUGGUAGAGUACAUAAGUGAUAAUGAGGAGAAUGAAGGUAAUAAUAGGACUAAUGACGAAGAAGCUGAUAGCAUAGGUGAUGGCGACGACAUUGGCUUGUGAUGUAACCUCAUAAUAGUAAGGUCAGUUACCUGUUAAUAGUUCUUCUGAAUUUUGUAUCUUGUUUAGCGGAUUUCAGGGGGAUGACUUUCAUAAGUUAUUUGCAGAUUUUGUCUGAUUGAAUUAUGUAUAUCUUCUUAUGUCUGAAAACCUACAAAUGGAGAAACUUCUAACUUUUAAUCACAGCCUUUUC